AUACAAUGCCACCCACUUCAACCAAACCCUUCUCUUACAUUUAAUGUAGCUUUAGACUAGUGAGUGAGCGGCUGUUUCUUCUUCUUCUUUCUAUUUCUAGUCAUUGCGUAUUCACAACAAGAGUCUCUUCAGUCUUCAUCGGAUGGGCUAUUUUCUCACUCAGACCACGUCUGUGAAGCUGUAACAGGCUUCGGGGCUAUGUUGCACAAAUAUUAUAAGAAAAACAAAGAAUAAUCAGGUGGGAUGGAGCGGUUUGCCCCUCGCAUAAAACCCAUGGCCCUUUGGCAUAAAUUUUGCAGAUCACAAGCUCUUGAGUGGUUAGUCGUCCUUAUUGCUCUUCUUCCACCAAUUGCAUUCUAGUGGAUGAGAUGCCAAGAUCAAGGGGAUCAGAAAUGCCUCAAAGGCAAUCUCCCCGAGUCCCACUUCAGCUUAGGACAUCCACGUCAUCAAAUUCUGAUCCGCUGCAACGACCUGUUGCUGGAAGGAGCCCUAAGCUAGGGGAUCAUCGAUCUCCAAGAAGUGUCCAAUCUAGUACUUCAGUCAAUCAAAAGAAACUUGGUUCUCGCCUUUCAGUUUUAGAAUCUCAACUUGGGAAUGCACAGGAAGAGCUCAAGAUUCUGAAGGAACAGUUAGCCUCUGCAGAGGCUGCAAAGAAAGAAGCCCAAGAAAAAUUGAAGAAAACCCAAGACCCCUUGGAAAUUGAAGAGAAGCGGCCUCCUUCAAUUGAAAUCCAAGAAUCAAACAAAGAAGAUAACAGUGUACCAUAUGAAAUUAUUGAUGUGAACCAGCAAGAAACUGACGUCUUUGAAGUUCCAUUGGAAAAAGUGACAAUGGAGUCUAUAGCUAAACUCGACCAACCAACUAGUGAAGAGGAUUUUGAAAGUAAGCCAGUGAGCAUAUCAACAGAAUCACCAGCUAUUCCUGAGCCAGAGAAGCCGUCUUUUGUUGACUUGGCUUUGAAGGAUGAUGAUAUAAAUUCCUUGAAAGCCAACUUAGAAGACAAGGAAAAGGAACUAGAAGUUUUUUGUCAAGAAAAUGAGAGCCUGAAGAGACAGUUGAGUGAAGCAUCUUUAGAGAUGACAUCAGCUCGAGCCAAGGAAGAGGAAAUGACUAUAAGGCUGACUCAACUAGAACAACAGCUGGGAGAAAGUAAAGCUACUGCAGUUGUAUUAACUGAGAAACUCGAAACUGUGGAAGGAGCAAAUGAGGCAUUGGAAGCGGAAAUGAAGAAAAUGAGAGUACAGACGGAGCAAUGGAGGAAAGCAGCUGAUGCAGCAGCAACAGUGCUUGCUGGAGGUGUGGAGUUGAAUGGGAAAAGAAUAUCUGACAGAUGUGGUUCUAUGGAUAAGCAUUUUAGCAGCAUGUUUGAGAUUCCAGUUGGUGGUUAUGCUGGCUUCAUGGGUUCACCUAGUCAGGCCGAUGAUUCAGAUGAUGGCUAUGGUAGUGGAAAGAGGAAAGGCUCUGGUAUAAGGAUGUUCGGAGACCUGUGGAGAAAGAAGGGCCAGAAAUGAGACCCUCUGCUGCCUGUGACUUGUCGUCGUUAUGUUUUCUUGUGCUAGCUAGGAAAUGGUUGCUUUACCAUUUCAGGUCUGAUAGGUUUUGGUGCUUCAUUUGUUACAGUAGUACUUUGGCCAUCUCUGCCAAGUACUAGCACGAUUAGUUCAAAUCGAGUGAUUCAAGCUUCUUAGAAUUAUCGUGUUAUGUUGCUCUUUAAUUUUCGGCGUGAGGUUUCUGAAACUUCCUUUUUAAUGUACAAAAAACUGUCCUGAAUAUUUCACACGCAUUGCUUCACCAUUUCACUAUUAUGUUAUUUGUUCUGCA